AUGCCCCACUCACUGAAUCUGAGCUUUGAUGUUACAGGUUUGAUUUCAAAGAAGAAAGCAAAGAACCAACUUGCAAUUAUUUGGGAAAUAAGCCAUGAUCUUCUGGAUUCUGGGAAGGACUAUCACAUUGUAAAGGACUUUUCAAUGGCCUACAAACAUGUACAAAAACUUCUCUAUGCCCCAUUGCAUCUUAAUCACAAGCCAAGUGGAGUGUGGCAUUUGAAAAUGCUACAUUAUCACUACUCAAAGGAAUCCCAAGAAGAGAUUUUGCCUUCUGAUUGGUACGUGAAGGCAUUUCCGAAGAUAACAAGAUUGUGCCACCAGCUGAAAGACGUGGAUUUGAUUGAUGGUAGACUAGUUUACAUAGAUGAUAAUUCAAGAAUCAUUGAUGAUCAUGUCAAAGAAAGAAUGUAUGCUUUCAAGUCACUGGCUAGGGCAUUCCUAGGGUCUGCAUCAAUGCAGGAAUCGCUGAACAAUGUGAUGACCUCUUCCGCAGGUGGAGAAUGUUCUCCAGUUGUUUGUUUCAAUAAACAGAUUGAAAGAGAGCCCAUAACUAUAAAGUCACUCACCAAAGUGUGCAACUUUCUAAACAUUUCUGCACAACAAAGGAAGUUGGUGCGUCUCACGAUAUGCCCACAGGUCACACAACACCGGGUAUGGACAGGAGCACUAGAGGAAAUACUAAAGGGCUUGAAAUCUGAUAUGGAGUCUUUGAAUCAUCAGUUGUUCAGCCAAGGUACCCAGAUGGGUCACCAAAUAGUCUCUAGCUGUCUAAAGUUUUUGGAUGACAAAGCCAUUUCCUAUGACCCUGACUCCACUUCGUGGAUGCGCCUUGCACCUGCAAAAAUAGUUGAUUCCCCUGCUAAUAAAUGGGAAGAAGUUCUUGAUAUGUUUAAUGAUCUCAUCAAAUCUUUAAGAAAUGAAGAAGAGUUACAGUUUCAUGUGUCAAAGCUUGAGGUCAUGAAAGAAGGGCUUGCUCAGAUCAAGGAUGUGUUAAUAGAUAGAAAUAUUGGGUACAAGGAGGCUCGACAUCAAGAGAGCCUAGUGCAAAAGAAGCUUUCCAAGACAUUAGGUCAUUCAUCCAGAUGUUUGUUCACACUUCUGCAAUAUUACCUCUGUGGCAGUAUUACAGAUAUUGAAGUAGAAAUAUGUGGCGGGGUUUAUGGGGUAGGGAUGGAUAGGUAUUGCUUGUGCAUGGGAAGGAUUUUAACUUCUAACCAGGAGAAGAUGGUUUUGAGUGGGGUUAAGCAGUUGGACAGGGCUCUAGGGCUUUUCAAGUUUAUAUGGGAGACAGCAAGGAUGAAAGGAGUUUUAGAGCUGCAAGGCCAUUUAUGGUGCGUUGGUGCGGAGAAGAAGACAAUUGCUUAUAAAGGAAAUAAGUUUUUUGUACAUGCAAUUACUCUCUGA